UCCAGUCUUGCCUUGAGUCUGGCUGAGACCACAUCCAGGGGUCCGUGAAAGGGAAACAUCUAGAAAUUGACCUUGAGGAUGGGGAGCCUGUGGAUUCCUCUUGACCUCAGUCCUUCAGAAAUACGUGCUGGUGGGAAGAGGUGUGGAAGGGAAAAACACAAGGAACGGAGAAUGCCAGUUUGCAGAAAAGAUGGAUCAUGUGAGUGGGACUGAGAGGUUUAUGGAGCUGAGCUCCCGCUGCUGUAAAUCACCCUGUCCUCUUCGAUAUAAAGCACCCGUCCAUCCCGGCGUGGGAGAGAGGAGACGCUCGCUGCCCCCUGACCCCCAGUUCCGCGUGGGCUCCUGGCCCAGUCAGGUGGCAGUGUAUGACACCGACGUGUUUGCGCUGCUCACCGCCAUGAUGCUACUGACGGUACUCUGGAUCCUCUUCUACCUCCUGCGCACUGUGCGCUGCCCCGACGCAGUGCCCUACCGCGACACUCAUGCUGGCCCCAUCUGGCUCCGAGGUGGGUUGGUGCUAUUUGGAAUCUGCACCCUUGUCAUGGAUGUCUUCAAGACCGGCUACUACUCCAGUUUCUUUGAGUGCCAGUCAGCCAUCAAGAUCCUGCACCCCCUCAUCCAGGCUGUAUUUGUCAUUGUCCAGACUUACUUCCUCUGGGUCUCCGCUAAAGACUGCAUUCAUGUCCACCUGGAUCUGACUCGGUGUGGGCUCAUGUUCACACUCACCACCAACCUGGCCAUCUGGAUGGCGGCUGUGGUGGAUGAAUCCGUGCACCAGGCUCACUCCUACAGCAGUUCUCACGGCAACGGCAGCACCGGCCACACCCGCCUCGCCCCUGACCCGGAGCGUGCAGGCAGCACCGUCGGAGGAGACCCCUGCCCCUGCGACACGACCAUCUGCCAGAUCUUCCAGCAGGGGUACUUCUACCUGUAUCCUUUCAACAUCGAAUACAGCCUCUUCGCCUCCACCAUGCUCUACGUCAUGUGGAAGAAUGUGGGCAGGCUGCUGGCCUCCCCCAGUGGCCACAGCCACAGCCCAUCCCAUGUCAGCCUAUUCCGAGAGACGUUUUUUGCUGGCCCGAUCCUGGGCCUGAUGCUCUUCAUGGUGGGGCUGGCUGUCUUCAUCAUCUACGAGGUCCAAGUGAGUGGGGAGGCGGGCCGCACCCAGCAGGCCCUGGUCACCUACUACAGCUUCAACAUCGUCUGUCUGGGGCUCAUGACUUUGGUCAGCCUGAGUGGCUCAGUCAUCUACCGUUUUGACCGUCGGGUCAUGGACCACCAUAAGAACCCCACACGCACACUGGACGUGGGGCUGUUGAUGGGCGCCGCCCUGGGCCAGUAUGCUAUUUCCUACUACUCCAUUGUGGCUGUGGUGGUGGGCACGCCCAGGGACCUGCUGGGGGCACUGAACCUGACCCAUGCUCUGCUCAUGAUAGCCCAGCACACCUUCCAGAACGUGUUCAUCAUUGAGAGCCUCCACCGGGGACCACCUGGGGCUGAACUUCACGAAACCCUCCCCAAAGAGCCCUGCCAAGGCCUUACCUUUGCCAACCUGGAUGCCCUCCACACCUUGCCUGCCUGCCCACCCACCCCAGGGCUGGUCAGCCCCAGCCCAGAUGGCCCUCAGGAAGCAGAGGCCACCAUCUUGGUCCCUAGGGGCCACUGGAGACGCCGGUGCCUCAAAGACAUCUCUCUGUUUCUCCUGCUCUGCAAUGUCAUUCUGUGGAUCAUGCCAGCCUUCGGGGCCCGUCCUCACUUCAGCAACACUGUGGAGGUGGACUUCUACGGCUACUCUCUCUGGGCGGCCAUCGUCAACAUCUGCCUGCCUUUUGGAAUCUUCUACCGCAUGCAUGCUGUCUCCAGCCUACUGGAGGUCUACGUGCUGUCCUGAAGCCUUGGACGGAGCCUUGGGGGCUGGGGAUCAGCUCACAUGUCCAGAGUUCCUCUGGGUAGCAACUCCAGGGUGGGAGUCACAGUGCUACAUUGCCACUGGUCCCCACUGGCCCCAGAGUGAAAUUUUCACAAAAAUUUAUUUUUCCAGGAUGAGUUUUUAAACCAUAACCAGGACAUGCCCACUCACCCCUGGCAUGACCCUAGGACAUGGGGCAGAGGUGGCAGAGGGGCCUUUCUCUGCAGCAGUCCUAGGAUCAGGCAGGAUCUGGAAGUACCAGCUCUGGCUCCAUCGCUAAUCCCAGCCUGUGGCCUGGCCAGUACACUGUCUGGAGCUGGGAACCAAUAAACCUGCCAUUUACCCCUGUCACCCACUUCUUGUCUCAGCUGCCCCAUCUGAAGUUGUCACAGGAGGGAAACUUUGGCAGGGAGAGCUGGAAAAAACAAGAUUUGCAGGCCUCAAACUUUUCAGUGGAUGAGUUGCUGGCCAUCUAAGCAGUAGAUAACUGGGGGGGGGGGGGGUUUGGAAGGAGUUCCCAAGCUGCCACCUUCCUCUUUUCUUUAUCUUCAGGUGACAUACACAUGUAAUACUAUUUUUAUGUGCCUCAUGCCACAAGAAAGGUUAGCCAGGACUUAGUCCAAUGUCCACAUUUUACAAAGAAGGAAACUGAGGCCCAGAGAGGUAAGAUGAAUUGACCAAGGUUGCAUAGGGAGUCAAAGCCUUUCUACUAAGAAUAAUAAUUUUCAAACUAUUUUCAGGCAGCAGAUCUUUAUAUUAAUAUAUUUUUAAUUGGCACAUAGGAUUGUAUGUAUUUGUUGGAUACAGUGUGGUAUUUCAGUACAUGUAUGUAAUGUGUCAUGAUCAGAUCAGGUAACUUGGCACAUCCAUCCUAUCAGACUUUAUCAUUUCUUUGUGUUGGGAACAUUCAAAAAACUCU